GUUGUCAUGGUAAACAAGCUCGAGCGUCGCGCUCUCUUUUCAUCGGGGAAACAUGUUGUUGUAAACAUGUUAGUAAGCUACCUUUCUGCGUACUGCAUACUUUAGAGAAUUUAUACGAGAGCGCCGGUUGCUUGGUUUUAAGGGAGACGAGGCUUUAUGGUAGCAUUUUAGGUGAUGUUUAUUAACUAUUCAAGAUGGGGAGUCGUGGAGGAGCGAGGAGUUCAGCUCUGGACCGGGCUAAAGCUCAUCUCUCUGGACAGAGAAUCUCAAACAUGGGGAUAUCAAAGGACAAAAGAGAUGUGGAAAACUCUGUCAAAUUUACAUCACUGGCCAGACAGACCCAUUUCCAGGACCUGAGUGACAUCCCACCAUCACAGAAUGAAAACCAGGACCUUGCGAAGAGUUUCGUUAUAGGUGGCGGUAGUCGAUUUCUGAAGAAGACCUCUAAAGAUGCCACAGGAGACAGACUGUCGUCCGCUCCAAGUAAAACUCCUGCAGGAAUGGACGAGUUCAUACCUCAACGCAGUUCACAAAGCACAGCUUUAAGCAGACUAGCGCUCAUUGAGAACCGCAUUAGAAACCAGAAAAGCAAAGAUGCACACCUCGCUGAACCACAGGAGACACGUUUAUCUGUCCAGUCCAGCAGCGAUUUGAGCAUGACAGGGAGUCGCUUUCUAAAGAAGGUGGUGUCCGCACCUCAAGAGGAGAAGGUUUCUGGUCUGAAUGAAAAUAAAGGAAGGAGAGUCAGUUUAGAAAGCGAUGAACAGGACAUGCGAAGACUUCUAGGAGAUUCUUUUAGCUUGUCAGAGAGUUCCUUGCAAAAUGCAGUGAGGAAGAAGAGUCCUCAACCAGUUAAAAAGAUAUACAAGAAGAGCAGUGAAAAGUCCACCGUACCUUCGGCAGCCCCUGAAAGACACCAUAGAAGCCUUUCUCCUUCCUCCAGCAGGUCUGAGUCACGCAUGGUCCGGUUCAUUGAACGCUCUGUGUCCUCUGAAACGGAUCACAGUGAGAUCCGGUCUUUGGAUGAUCUCUUUCCUGUUGCUGCAGCACCUGACUCUGAUGACACUCUGAGCGAGAUGAGUGCAGUAUCGGAUGAUUUCAAACUCAACGUAAUGACACUGGAUGAUCUUGCUCCUAUACCUUUUGCAGCAGCUGAAAUAUCGCAAGAAAAGAAAGAAACACUUGCCAGAAAGGAAGACAGAAACAAAAGGUCAUCCAACGACAUCUCAAAGGAAGAAGACUCGGCAGCCUACGAGAGUGAUUUUGAGAGCGAGAUCCCAUCUGAGACGCCACAGAGUGCCAGUGAGAUUUCAGAACGUCUCACAGAUGAAGCCAAAGAUGCCUCCUUGGCCAGCGAGGCCCAGUACAGCUCAUACAGAUCCCAGGUUGACGACGACGAUGAUGAUGACCGUACUUUAUCACGAUCAUCACUGUCAGUCAGUCGCCACUCAGACCCUUCUUCGAGGUCUAGCUCGUCCAAUGCGACAGUCACCCACGGCCCCAGUCCUGACCGUCACGUAAAGGAGGUUGCAGUACAGACACAGAUGGAUGGAUUUGCCUACACAUGGUCUUCUGGCAGGGCUGCCGCUGGUCCGUCACUGGGCAUGACGUACAUGGACCCCACUCCAAUAGCCAGUCACACAGUCAGCGCUGAAGCCAUAGAGAGUUUGACAGCAUAUAGUCCUGCCAUUUUUGCACUCAACGACAUGUUGCGGCAGCAGUUGGCCCUCACAAGAUCGUUCGUCGACUCCACCAGACGCCAUUACAGAUCAGUGCUGGAGUCCCUGGGGCCUGACUACAAAUACACCACAUUACAGGACACUAAAGAGUUCAUCCGUGCUCAAAGGCCGCCCAAACUAAGUAAUUGAAGACGCUCUAGAGGAAGUUCUACAGGAAAUGCAGGACUAUCAUUGCAUUUAAAUGAACAGAUCAAUGUUUUGGAUGCAUCGUCCAUAUAUUGUAAACAGCCAAAACGUUUCAAUCAUUGAUAAUGCAAUAACAUGUGCCUAAAUAAAACAGCCAUUUUUAGUA